AAACAACAAAAAUAGACUGGAUACAGCAGCUAAACAUAGUGGGCAGAUAAACUGACACUCUAAAUUAUUUUUGGCAGAAAUAAAAUGCGGUUGCAGAUUAUUAUUGGUUCAGUUUGUGCGGAAUAAAAGCAUUUGUGAAUACAAGUUUUAAUUGAUCUAGUCUCCUGAAUGGCUACAAUAAUUGAUUUUGAUGAAGACGAAACACUUUGGAUUCGUUUACUGCGAUGUAUUCUUUUCAUUUUCGUGUCGAUUCCUUCCGGAUCGUUAUUAUAUAAAUAUAUUCAAUAUUGGAAUGAUGAUGGACCUUAUCAAAGCACGAUUGGAUUUAGUUGGUUUCUUUUAAAUGUGAUAACCGUGUCCAUCCUAAUAUACGGCGAAUUUUUCGGAUUGAAACUAGAGCGUCGAUAUAAAAAGUUAUGUUAUUAUGUCACGACACUCGCACUUUGCGCUGCUUCGGAUUAUCUAUCUGGACUUUUAUUCACGAAUUUAUUGCCAAAUCACCGAAAAGAUAUCCAUUCUUACACACAUAUAUUUUGGAUAGUGGGUGCAAUCCUGUACAACGUAAUGAAUGUUUACAAUCAUUUGAUUUUAAUCUAUGACACUAUCAGAGAGUCAAAACAGGAUCGUUCGCUGCAGAUAGCUGAGUUGAGAGUUUCAUUUUAUGUGGUUUUCAUUGCAUUGAACGUUGGAAAUCUUUUACUCAUGCUUUAUAAUCCGGCUGUGAAGCUCAGAGAAUUGAUAACCGUCAAUAUCAUCCUAUGGAGCACAAUAUUGCUUGGUACAUCGAUGUUGACUUUAAAAACAGAUGACGGUAAAGACAUGAAGCAACACGAACUGAUCAGUCUUUUUAGGCGUUACAGUGUUUUCACUAAUUUAAAAACUGGAUUAAUUUCGUUCAUCAUAAUUCUGUUAAGUUAUUCAGUGCCAGUGCUGAUAUGUAAUGACAUCACCAACUCUACGUCAGGUCUACAAUUACAACAAAAGAUACACACAUAUUUGCCUUUGAUGGCAUGGAUAUACAUUUUCUCAUUCGUGCGCGAUGCCUGUUUGAUGCAACAAAUUAAUCAAUUUUGGACGAGAGCGGAUCAGCACGUUAGUGCAGUUGUGAAGCGAAAAGUUAGAAGAAGGCAUAUUUCCCGUCUUAGAACAAUCGAGGAAUAAUUCAUACUAUUGAGCCUUGUAAUUGGACAAAGUGGAUAAAAAGGACAAAAGUGUUGAUGUUCUUUCAAAAAUUUAUUUGUGAUUGAUAGAGAUGAACAGAUCAGAAAAGAUUGUUUUCAAAUGAAUUACGCAUUUAUUUAAAUGGCUGUUUGCUUAAUUUGAUUCAUUUUGUUUUCAAGUGAAAAUAUACUAUGUUUGUUACUACAACUGA